CUUUUGCCACCAGAAAAUUAUUUGUCAUAACUUUUAGUGUAGAUGAAAACAGGUUUCAGAAAUAAGCCUUAUUACUAUCAGUAGGUCUUAUUACUUCAGUUUAUUGUUUUGAUGAGACUAAAACAAAGUACUAUUUUCGAUAAUGGCAAGGCACUUAAGUUUGUCAAAAACACUUAAGCAACCUGUUUUUUUACCACCAUUCCAGAGAGUAGCAUUUGGACGACAGAAUUUCACUGAAAUCAAAUAUUAUAAAGAAAUGUACGCCAUACAUCGAAGUUUUGUGUUGAAAGCCAAAUCAAAAAUUGACAACAAGACACCCAAUCCACAUCGGAAUCUGGCAUUCAAGCUGGAUGUAUUAAAGAGAGAAGGACAACAUUACUUAGCAAUUGAAAAAGCUAACCGCCAACUUUCAGACACAUUAACCACCAAGAAAGCCGAAGUAGACUGCUGGAAGUCCGACUGGAAUAGGUGGAAACAAUGUACUGGUGGACAAAGAAAUCGAGAAAGAAGACGUCAAGAUAUUAUGUUUGAUAACAUUAUUUUAUGGAAACACAUAAGUGAACAAAAGUCACAGUAUGAUUAUUUAUGCAAAGAACGAAAAAAAUUACUGCAAAAACGCAUGUUGCCUGCGAUAAAACCAAAGAAACCAGUUCAGUUACAGCUCACAAAACGAUCUCCAAAACAGACACCUCAAGCAGAACCAAAGUUACCAUCACUUCCAACAGACCCAACAAAACUAGUAGAAAGUAUCCCUCCACCUCCUCAAGUAGGAAGUAUUCCCCCACCUCCUCAGGCAGAACCAACAGUCACAGAAACUCAGCCAACCUCACAAGCAGCAGUAACAGAAGAAAAUGUACCCCCACCUCAAACAGAACCAACACAACCAGAGGAAAAUAAACCAUUACCACAAGCAGAAACUGCAGAAAAUUUACCCCCACCAGCAGAAUCAUAAGAAUAAAUCAGUUUGUGGAUAUUUACUUCCAUUUGCUUUUUUUUAAAGCAUAGAUUGCAUUGAAUGAACUAUAUGGAAUUUCUACUUACACUUUUUCUAUAGAUCAAGCAGGGUCAUUUCUCCGAUGGAAGUAGAAUCCUGUUUGUUUUCCUGCUUACUAAAACUUCAAGAUCCUUUGAUUCAAGGUUUUUCUUGCACACUUGGAAUUUCUUUUCUAGUUCUACUACAGAUUCAGCUACAAAAACAAGGUCAUCAGCAUACAGCAGAUCCAAAGGGCAACUUGUCUUAAACUGCUCUGGAGAAUUAUGAUAAAAAGGUGGGGACUGAAAAUUGAGCCCUGGUGAACUCCUACUUGCAUGCUAAAUUCAUCACUGUACUAGUUGCUCUGGCUUUAUUGACAGCAGCUCUGUACAUCUUUUGUAUGGUUCUCACUAGACAUUCAUCAUGUAUAGGCCUAUGUCUUUUCUUUCUACCUUAAAUGAAUUUAUGGCUGAAAAGUAAGUAUACUUUUAUCACGGUGGUGCACCAGCAUGAUCGCAGCCACUUGGCUGAAAUGCAUAAAUAAAUAAAUAAAAAUACCUUUGAAAUACUA